UCAUUUUGCUAUGCCUUUUGUUCAUUGCAUCUCUAUAUGCGUACAUUCAGUUCACAAAUCCAGAGGGACGUUUUAAGCCAUCUUUCAGGCUCCCAAAUGAUCAAACAAUCUCAAACAAGAGAAUGAAUAACAAAACCAUCAACGAAGAUCGUAUAGUACUGCUUGAAUCAGCUCUAUCGAAGGCAUCGAUGGACAACAAGACUGUAAUAAUUGCAAUUGUGAACAAAGCUUACGUAGAAGGCGAUAAUGGGAAGCGAAUGCUUGACUUGUUUUUGGAGGGUUUUCGGGUUGGAGAAGACACACAGGGCUUGAGCAGUCACCUACUACUUGUUGCCGUCGAUCAGACCUCGUUCGAGCGGUGCAAGUUUCUCUGGCUUAAUUGCUACAAGCUCGAAACCGAUGGUGUUGAUUUCACCGGCGAGAAAGUGUACAUGUCCCGAGAUUUUAUCAACAUGAUGUGGAGGAGAACCCUCUUUCUAGGAGAGGUUCUCAAGCGUGGGUAUAGUUUCAUUUUUACGGACACAGAUGUGCUAUGGCUAAGAAACCCAUUUCACAGGCUGAGCAACAACCAAAGCAUAGAUCUUCAGAUCAGCACCGACAAUUUCAACGGCGAUCCACGUUCCAAAACCAACCCUAUCAACACAGGCUUUUACAUGGUGAGGUCCAACAACAAGACCAUCUCAUUGUUUGAUGCUUGGUACGCAAGAAAAAACAGUUCCCAAGGCAUGAAAGAGCAAGAUGUUUUACAAGGAAAGAUUAAGGAAGGCAUUUUUGGAGAGUUGAAGCUCACGGUAAGGUUCUUAGACACUCUCUACUUCAGUGGUUUUUGUGAAGAUAGUAAGGACUUUAGGGCAGUCACGUCCGUUCAUGCAAACUGCUGCCGUACGAUCGACGCCAAAGUGGCGGAUCUCACGGCUGUGAUUCGGGAUUGGAAGAGGUUCAGAUCAUCAAGAUCCUUCUCUAAUUCCAAUCAAACGUCGGCCAGUACGUGGAAGUGGUCUAAGCACAUAGCAUGCAUUCAUUCGUGGAGUAAUUAAUUACAAUAUUAAUA